GGCAGUUGACGUGUUCGGUUGACCAAAGCGGAAGUGUGCAUCGACUGUGUCGAUAUUUUGUGACCAAAAAAGAACUCAGACACACACACACGCACGCACACACCAAGAGAGCAGAGAGAGAGAGAGCAGUAGAGAGAGAGAGAGAGAAAGAGAGACAAGCAGGCCGCCGCCGCCGCAGCAGCAGCAGCAUGAAUGCCACAUACAACUAAAAUCCAAGAUAGCCGUCGGAAAAUGUGGAAAAUGUGAAUUAUAAUUGCGCGGAAAAUAGAGCAACAAAAACGACAAAAUAGAAGAAAAAGGGAAAAAAAACCAGCGACAAUUGUCAAUGCGCCGCGCCGCGUGUGUGUGUGAGUGUCCCGACGAGCCAGUGCCUGUGUGUGUGUGUGCGAGUGUGUGAAAGCAAAAGAGUGGUGUCGGUGUCCCUACCAUCCCCCCCCCCCCGCACACAAGCCCCCCGCCCCCUCGCAGCCCAACAAAGUGUGAGUGCGUGUCCGUGUCCACAUAUCAGAAGCAGCGGCAGAGCCCCAGCAACGCGCAGCAGCCACGCAGCAGCCGACGACGACGCCAGCAGAAGAGGCCACACACCAGGAGGCGGAGGAGCACACACAGCAGCACUAGCAGCAGGAGGAGGGACACACCGAGGCCUAGCCAUGGGCAGUGGACACUAUUUCUGGGCGAUUUUCUACUUUGCCAGCCUCUGCAGUGCUUCACUAGCAAAUAAUGCCAAAAUAAAUUUCCGAGAAAAGGAGAAAAAAGUCUUAGAUCAAAUUUUAGGUGCAGGCAAAUACGACGCCCGUAUACGACCAUCCGGAAUCAAUGGCACAGAUGGUCCCGCCGUUGUGCGCGUCAACAUAUUCGUACGAAGUAUAUCGAAAAUCGAUGAUGUGACUAUGGAGUACAGUGUGCAGUUAACAUUCCGAGAGCAAUGGACGGAUGAGCGUCUGAAGUUCGACGAUAUUCAGGGUCGGCUCAAAUACCUCACACUGACGGAGGCGAACCGAGUCUGGAUGCCGGAUCUUUUCUUCUCAAACGAGAAGGAGGGACAUUUUCACAACAUAAUCAUGCCCAAUGUGUAUAUACGCAUUUUUCCCAACGGUUCAGUUCUGUACAGUAUACGUAUCUCGCUGACAUUGGCUUGUCCAAUGAAUCUCAAACUAUAUCCAUUGGAUAGACAAAUAUGUUCAUUGAGAAUGGCCAGUUAUGGCUGGACCACAAAUGAUUUGGUGUUCCUUUGGAAGGAGGGUGAUCCUGUGCAGGUCGUUAAGAAUUUACACCUACCUCGCUUCACUUUGGAGAAGUUUUUGACUGAUUACUGUAACAGUAAAACCAACACGGGUGAAUACAGUUGCCUCAAAGUCGAUCUACUAUUCAAGCGAGAAUUCUCAUAUUACUUAAUACAAAUUUAUAUACCAUGCUGUAUGUUGGUCAUUGUAUCAUGGGUAUCAUUUUGGCUGGAUCAAGGCGCAGUGCCAGCGCGUGUGUCAUUGGGUGUCACCACUCUAUUGACCAUGGCAACACAAACAUCGGGCAUAAAUGCAUCACUGCCACCAGUAUCCUAUACGAAGGCGAUUGACGUGUGGACCGGCGUCUGUUUGACCUUCGUGUUCGGGGCAUUGCUUGAGUUUGCCUUAGUGAACUAUGCAUCCCGUUCAGGUUCGAAUAAAUCUAACAUGCAUAAGGAGAAUAUGAAAAAGAAGCGCCGAGAUCUGGAGCAGGCCUCCCUGGACGCCGCUUCAGAUCUGCUCGAUACAGAUAGCAAUGCAACGUUCGCAAUGGCAUCGCAAUUUCAACGCGGUGGCGGCCAACAGAAACCGCUAGUGCGCCAUCCCGGCGAUCCGCUGGCCCUCGAGAAGCGUCUCCAGUGCGAGGUGCAUAUGCAGGCACCCAAGCGACCCAAUUGCUGCAAGACCUGGCUAUCGAAAUUCCCCACAAGAUCGAAGAGAAUCGAUGUUAUAUCCCGGAUCACCUUCCCGCUGGUCUUUGCCCUCUUCAACCUGGUCUACUGGAGCACCUAUCUCUUCAGGGAGGAGGAGGAUGAGUAAAUGCCGUUGCCAAUACUUAAAUUUAAAUUUAAAUACUUGAUACGAUUACAAACCAACUUACCAAAAACGAAACAGCAAAAAAAAUACCAAACAGAAAAAUGUAACCGAAAAACACAUGAAAAAUGUGAUGUACUAACCUAUUCUUUCAAUUCUUUUUCCAUUCUUUCCACAAACUAACUUUUGGUUCCCAUUUGGAUUCAUUUGUCAUGCUCUUUUUGUGUUGCGUUUUGUGUUUUCCAAACUGAUUUGUUGUGAACAAACUUCAAAUGAAAAAGGACCUUCUAAGGACCGCCCACGGCUAUGUAGAAUCCAAACGUGAGAGAGAGAGAGAACGAGGGGCAUGCCCCCGCAAAGAACAGAGACAGAAUCAGAGUUAUAGGCAAGGCUUCGAGGCACUUCCAUUAAAGAUUUAAAUGAUAAUUCGAUUGAGGAUGAUGGAAAAAAUUAUAAAGUUAAUUCUUAAGCUCAAUUGAUGAUCCAAAAGUGUGACUGCAUAGUAGUUAAUGUUAUUAAUAAUUAUAAAAAACCAAAAAACACAAACACAACACGACACACACACCCUGAAACAACAAUUGUUUUGAGUUAGACUAGUUGAAAAUCAAUUUAAAAACAAAUUAAAAUUAAAAUUAAAUUUAAAUUUAAAAAAAAAAACAAAAAAUUACACACACAAUUGAUUUGUACUUAAAACGAAAUUUCAUAAGUUUAGCCCUAAAUCCGUUAAUCCAAGGAUCCAGAGGUCGUGCACCAACGACCAUCUUUUGUACAUACGAAUGAAUAUGAAUAUGAAUACGAAUAAGUUUUAAGCGACAAAAAAAACAACCAAAAAUCUCUAGUUUAAAAACAAAAUUCGAAUUGUAUAAAGAGCAUUGUGUAGAUAUUUACUAAGUUUAGUCGAUAAACCCGAAACGGCGGAAGCCAAGCGAACAAAAACUCUAGGUAAAAAAAUUCCAAUCAAUUAUAUGUUCAUUCAUCGAAAAGAAGCUAUCGAAUAAACCAAUCGUACGAAGAAAAUCCUCUACAAAGCACACACUCAGAAAAGAAACAAAAACCUAAAAAACCAAGAAGUAUGUUUAUUUAUUAAAGAGCUAAAAAAGAAAAUAUGGUAAAAAAUGGUGGGUAUUUUUUGCAUCCGUUUUUUCCUAGAAUUCCUAGAAUUAUACUUUAAAAGCCUGCUUUCGAGUUUUGAGCAUUUGUUAAAGUAGUUUUACAAUAUAUUGAAUAUUAAAAAAAAAUCAAUUUUAAAGGGAAUACUCGUAGUCCCGAAUUCUUAUUUGAUUUAAAUACUAGACUUUUAUUACAUUUCCCUUAUGUAUUGUGGGUCCCAAACGGCUGGCUCCCCUUUUUAGAUAUAGUUUAUUUCCCCGUUUUCCUUAAGUAGAGUUACUAAUACAAGAAUAUAUAACAACUAAAACCAAUUAAAAAACAGACAAUACAAAUACGUAAUCGAAUAUCGAAUCGAUAUAUAGAGCCACCACUACCAUAUAGAGAGAGUUCUUUGCCAAUAACCCAAAAAAUUAACAACCAAAUUUUUUUGGUUAUUUAAGUGCCUUUUUUCAUACGAAUAAACACUUCCAGAACAUCCUUCCUCUGCCACCCCGCCCCCGCCCCCUGCCACCUCUUCGAUGCACAAACAGCUUUAACUUUUAGCGAACAAAAAAAAAUACUAAAAAUACUAACAAAAGUACUAACUGAAUUCUACAUAGCAACAAUAACAACAAACAAACAAAACAAAAAAAAAAUACAGCCAGUGAAACACUUAAAAAAAUUUCAACUAAAACCAAAAUUUCUUUGUAAUUUUUGUAGUUUUUAUGAAUAUUUGUUAUUUUGAAAGCUUGUUUCACAUUUGAUUUUAUUCCUAAGUUCUUUGGAAAUGCUUUUCGAUCACUUUUGCUUUAAAUAUCAUUUCGAUAACUAAAAGGUAAGAAGAGAAAUUAGAAAAUUACCAACUAAAGAAAACCAAAAAUGAAAAUCAAAAAUCAAUGAAAUGAUUACAAAUAAAAAACUUGUGCUAAUAUUAAAGAAAGAAAAAAAACACUACACAGAAAAAAGCACCCAUGCAUAAUAAUUGUUGUCAUUAAAAAAAAACAAAAAAACAUAAGCAUACAAAAACUUAAAUGUAAAAGGAAAAAUUCUAAAUAUAUCGAUGAAUCGAUAAAAAUCUAUCAUCGAUCACUUUCGUUAAGUCGAUAACAUAUUGAUAGAUGCAUACAUGUUGUAAAAGUUGUGCCAAAAACAUUAGUCGAAAGAGUAUCGAAGAUGAAUCGAUAGCUAGUAAAUAAAUACUCGUACAGCGAUAACGGUGAACGAUGCGAAAAACUAUAGCGAUAGUUGUAAUGUAAAUGAAUAGCUACUAAUAGCUAGCGAAGAAGAUCGAUCAAAACGAUCAUCGAUAAACGAUAACAAACGAUAACUAUAGCGAUAGACGUAAUGUAAAUGAAAAAGCUAUUGAACAUACAGGGUUUUUAAAUGUGAGCAUAUAAAUGUUGAAGCAAGAAGAAGAAUAGAAGAAAUACUAGACGAAAGACGACACGACAACACGACACCACAAUGUUAUCGAUACAAUAUAUCGAUCGAAGUAAGAAAGUAGAAAGAUGAACAAUUAGGCAUUUAUUUAUAGUGGGGGUUCCAUGGAUUGGGGGGUACUUUGGUUGUGUGCUGCUUUCAGUUUAGUCGAUUCUUCGGAUUUUGUCAAUUAUCAUUUACGUAUUUCCAAUAGGCAAAUUGUUCAGCAGCGCGGCAGUCCAAUCGAUAGCACACAGAUUGUAAAUACGAGGCAACUUUAGACUUGAAUGUUUUGGAGUAAUAGAUGGAAUAACAGAAAAGCGAAUUAACGGGAAAAAAAACCGACGUAUAGAUGAUAAGAUUAAUGUAUGGUUUUAGAUACUAAGGAAAAGGGUCAUUAAACAAUACUAACAAAAACAGAAGAAAGAAAUAAAGAAAGAGAAAAAGGAAAACCUACCACUGAAGGCCACUCAUUCACACAGCAAUCGACACUACCCAACACUAACCAACACUUUUCCACACUAAAAUGUUUAAUCUUUGCAACACACAAAAAUCGAACUCGAAAUCGAAUCUAAUCGCUGCACAGAAAACCCAAGUGAAAACUUUAGAUAAAGAUCAUAUGACACAUAUCUUCCAAUAAAGAACUUCUUGGCCGCGAAGCAAAGUUCUCUAACAAUCAAAACGACACGAAACAAAAAAAGAGACAUUGUAAAUACCAACAAAAACAACAAGAAAUACCAAUCAGAAAGAAGAACAAAAUCACCUUACUUUAUAGAGCUCUAAGUGGACGAAAUGCGCACAGAACACACAUUCACAGCCAACAAAAAGUAUAGCAACAAAUUGUAUAAGAAAAACCAUACUCACACACACACACACACACACACACACACACACCCACAACACUCACACACAAAUGUAGUCUUAAGAUCGGAAAACAUGAAUUUUGCUCUAGUGCAUACCCCCUAAAAAGGAAAAUCCAGGUAAAUAGUAGGGAAAGCCAGAAGGAGAGAAAAAAAAGUUAAACAGAAAACCAAACAAAAAAGGAAAGCAAAUCAAACCCAAAAGCGAAAAAAAUCAGUAGAAUAAUUAUACAAAAAAAAAGAAACAAACAAAACAAAAAAAUAGUUGAAAAUAAUUGUUGUCGACCCGCGAAGAAAAGCAAAAGAAAAAUGCAAAAGAAAAACGCCAGAAAAUUGUGUAAGACCCCUCCCCCCCAAAAGGAAUACAAGAAUAAAAGAUGUUUGUGAAAUGUUUAUAAAUAAAAAUGAAACCAAAAGAAA